GUCUUGGGUUUGUCUUGCAGAACACAAACAAGCGUCCCCUCCGUCGAACAAAGAAGCAGUCUUUGCAGCGCUUUUUUAGGGCUGUCUUGGUUUUCAUCCCAACAGCGGGCUGGAUGCGGGGAAGAUGCAAGUACUGACCCAGCAUGGAUGGUGCACUCUGGACCGGGAGGACAGACGAUGGAAGAGGUGCUGCUAACAGGAGAAUCGAACGAGGGACGGCAGCGACUGUCCACAAACACCUGUACGCACUUGCUGCUGAUUUGGGAAGAGUGGGAUUCAAACGGCUUAUCUGGGCCACUUGUCGACUCAGGGAGGUAGCCAGGUGCUUCAGCAAAAGAGGACCCAUGGUGACAAAGGCUGCAGAGAGAUCCAUGAUGGAAUUUAGAGGUGAAAUAGUUAGGUUUAAGGCAAUACCGCGGGUGAAAUGUUGCCGUAUCCUUCCUCACCUCAGCAGCUUGACUGUUGUAAACAUGGCGGCGGCCGCAGUGUGCAGAGUUCUGUCCUUCACUAGGAACGCUAAGGUGCUUGUUCAACCUCUGAGGUUGACUGCUGUACCCGUCCACCGAUACAGCUUAGAGGUUUCAAGCACCGGCGAAGCUGUCACUCAUACCGGCCAGGUGUUUGAUGAAAACGAUCCGAGGAGAGCAAGAUUUGUCGGAAGACAGAAAGAGGUGAAUAAGAAUUUUGCCAUCAAGCUUGUGGCAGAAGAGCCAGUGACACACAUCGAGUCCAGAGUGGUUUCCUGUGAUGGAGGUGGAGGAGCACUUGGACACCCCAAAGUCUACAUCAAUUUGCACCUCCAAAGUUACCAUUGGUCGCUUGGCUGCUUCUCUGAUUAAUGCCCUUCCUAUCUGGCAUGUCAGUUUAGGUAAACUACUAUGUCUUGCUUUCGGACUGCAUGAUAUAUUGAAUUGUAAAUCAUCAUUGCAAUAUCAGUGUGUGCAAUAUUGAAACUGCAAUGGAAUGGUUAGAUGCUAUAUGUCAAGUGUCGGGUAUUCGCUCCUGCAUAUGGAUUAUGUAUUUAGCCAGCUGGAUAAUUUCUGAUUACCUGAAAUGCCCACAGCUGAUGCUAAUCUUUAAUGGCUGAAAUGCUAAGCUCGGUGGGGGUAUUGUGUAAUUGUAAAGAAGGAAAAGAGUCAGGAAAAUGGGGAUUAGUUGUAAUUGAUGUCAUCAUCAUAAUUUCCAAAAGCCAUAAUUGCAAUCCAAUAUUUUCCAUGUAUCAUCCAAGUUUGUGUUUGAAAAGUUAUCAAAUCUGGAGACAAAAUUGCAAGGGGUCUGAAAAAUAUUUACAAGGCAUUGAAUUUAGUAUUAUAUGUAUAUAGGCUAGAAAAUCACCAGUUAAAAGGGGAGAACCACAAUAAUUUGUUUCAGAACAUUUUUGAAAGAUUACAAGAAAGUCGAGGUCAUUACCAGCACUACUUCAGGCAGCCGGGUUGGAUAAAAUGUUUCCGCUA